GCGAGGUGAUGAGAAACAACUCCACCACCUCUCCCUGCACAUAGCUGUAGCUUGAUCAGUGACUGAGAUAGCUGUCCGGUUUCCUUUGGCGAACAAUCGGGCCACCGAGGCAGGCUCCAGAGACAGAAUUUACAGAUGUGCCCCACAAUUACAGAUGUGCCACAGCUGUAGCCGACUCCUUCUCGCCCCACCUAACCCAAACCUUCAUGACCAGUUGCCACCUGGCUCUAGCACUGCUGGCCGAGGAGGACUCUCCCCCACACACCGCAUUUUCUUGGAGCGGAGGAGAGCGGGGAAGAUGGAUGAUGACUUGUAUGCGGAGGAGAACAUAGACUAUCUAUUGUCCCACAACAGGUCUGUCAAUGAAUCCGAUGCCAACCAGUUCGCGCAGCCCGCUUGGCAGAUCACCCUCUGGGCUGUCGCCUACUCUCUCAUUGUGAUCGUGGCGGUGGUGGGGAAUAUCGUGGUGAUGUGGAUCAUCCUAGCGCACAAGAGAAUGAGGACGGUGACCAAUUAUUUCCUGGUGAACCUGGCUUUUGCAGAAGCCUCCAUGGCCGCCUUUAACACCGUCGUCAAUUUCACCUAUGCCAUCCACAACGAGUGGUACUAUGGGCUGCUCUACUGCAAGUUCCACAACUUCUUCCCCAUCGCCGCGGUGUUUGCCAGCAUCUACUCCAUGACGGCCAUCGCCGUGGACAGGUACAUGGCUAUUAUCCAUCCAUUGCAACCCAGAUUGUCAGCCACAGCCACCAAGGUGGUCAUCACCGUUAUUUGGUCCCUGGCUUUAUUGCUGGCGUUCCCGCAGGGUUAUUACUCGAUGACAGCACAGCUUCCCAACAGGGUGGUGUGUCUGGUGGACUGGCCGGAGUAUGACACCAGGGCCUAUGAAAAAACGUAUCAUUUCUGCGUGACUGUGCUGAUCUACCUCCUGCCGCUCCUGGUGAUAGGAUGUGCCUACACGGUGGUUGGCAUCACUUUGUGGGCUAGUGAGAUACCUGGCGAUUCUUCUGACCGCUACCACGAGCAAGUGUCUGCCAAGCGAAAGGUGGUGAAGAUGAUGAUCGUUGUGGUAUGCACGUUCGCUGUCUGCUGGCUGCCCUACCACAUCUACUUCCUCUUGCAUUUUUUUAACCCCGAUUGGUACCAGGAGAAGUUUAUCCAGCAGGUCUACUUAGCGGUCAUGUGGCUGGCCAUGAGCUCCACUAUGUAUAACCCAAUCAUCUACUGCUGCCUCAACGACAGAUUCCGCAUUGGCUUUAAGCACGCUUUCCGGUGGUGCCCUUUCAUCAACGCUAGGGAAUACGAAGGGCUGGAAAUGAAGUCUGCCAGGUACCUCCAGACCCAGAGCAGCAUGUACAAGGUCAGCCGGAUGGAGACAACUGUAUCCUCUGUCACCGGCAACACUGAGGAAGACAUUGAAGAGAGCAACAAAAUUAAGCGCCUGUCCGUGGAUAUGACAUCCAAUGGCUCCUCCCGCAGUGACUCUAAAACCGUCUCCGAGAGCUUCAGCUUCUAUUCCAACACACUCUCCUAAGCUGCCAUCCAACUGAGCAAGGGUCAGAAAAUAUUGCUUAUACCUACGCCCUAGGUCUCCAUUAACCACAUAUCCAGGUGUGCCUGUGUUCACCUUUUCCUGAUGAAGAUGCUAUGCCUUGGUUGUGGCAGUAGCCAUCUCUCAACAGUGUGCCUGUCUGACCCAGUGUAAUUACAUCGGUUAAUAUCAAUAAUAUCUUCUCUCUCCAUGGUAUCUUGCAGUCUUUUGCUGGACUGAAUGCUUAACCGAUGCUGUUCACUGAAAGCAGAUAUUAAUUUAUGAUACAGCAUUACAGAAAAAAGAUGGUAGGUAUCAGAACUUGGCCUUCAGUGCUGCUGUUCAUUCUCAAGCUAUGCUCUGCCAUUGAUUGUGUCUGAAUGCAAUAUAGAUUUCCACCGGGGGGGAGGGGUCCAUCUCCUUUCCCCAGUACUUUUGCUAUCAUAUCUCCUCCCUUACUUGCCAUUCACUUGUUGCUGAUUAACAAAAUGGAGAAAUGGUACCAAUAGAGGAAGAUAGGGCUAGUGACUUAUGAAACAACCAAUACACCUCUACCAGCUUAGUAGGCAACACUGCAGCAAAGGCCGCCUCUCUUGCACAUGGUGUGUUAAACACAGAGGACUUCAGUUCCUUUUAGGUGAAGAAAAGAUUGAGCUCUUGAGGUUUAUUGCUACCAUGCCUUUCUUUUUAUUCUCCACUACUCAGCUAUACUGAGUAUAUGUCAAGGUAUACUCCUCCUUCUCCCAAGGAUCCUAUCUGUAGUGUAGUCCAGCAGAGUUUACUGGAUUCAAGUUAAAGUUGACCAUGUGACCUGUUCAGCUUCUUUUGCUCUUACAGCUGAAAAGGUUCUAGCACAACCCUUGAUUUCCUCUGGGUCUCCUAGACUCACUCUUUGCACGAUCCUAACCUCAUGAUGCAAAGACUUCAAGAUCUAGGACUGCAGAAUCAAGCCAGAACCUCAGGUGUUUUCUCUAGCUGGCUGGCUCUGGGGGUUUCAGAUACACCUCAAUCCAUUGGCCUUGCUCUAAUUCCUUCACAAAGCUAAUUUGACACUCUAGAGCUUGGGAAAGCCUUUGUUUAAAGUUCUAUAUGGGGUUUGUGGCUUCUAUCACCAUUAUCUGGAUAGUCCAAGAGACGCACAAUACCAAAUUCACUACUAUGUUCUUCCCUUUUUAAUGCCCCCCCCCCCAAUGCCCACCAAAUUAUUCUUAGUAUAUA